GAUGUUGUCGGAGUUGCGGUGAUAAAUCAACCCUGAUCAACAAUAGCAGCUCACAUUCAGACAAGAUCGGAUAACCUGAUCACCACAGACAAUCCUUCGUACCAAUCAUGAUGUCGCUUGGUUUCUUGGUGGUUGUACUUUUUGCUUUCGUUGUCGCCGCAAAUGCCGAAUGCAAGAAGCCGGUAUGCAUUUCGACUAAGGAGGCUUGCCCUGGAAAGAGGGAGAACGUGUAUACGACGAACGCUGAUGGGUGUCAGUCCUGCAGAAGCGUCUGCGUGCCAAAAUGCAAGGAGCCGGUAUGCAUUUCGACUAAGGAGGCUUGCCCAGGAAAGAGGGAGAACGUGUAUACGACGAACGCUGAUGGGUGUCAGUCCUGCAGAAGCGUCUGCGUGCCAAAAUGCAAGGAGCCGGUAUGCAUUUCGACUAAGGAGGCUUGCCCUGGAAAGAGGGAGAACGUGUAUACGACGAACGCUGAUGGGUGUCAGUCCUGCAGAAGCGUCUGCGUGCCAAAAUGCAAGGAGCCGGUAUGCAUUUCGACUAAGGAGGCUUGCCCUGGAAAGAGGGAGAACGUGUAUACGACGAACGCUGAUGGGUGUCAGUCCUGCAGAAGCGUCUGCGUGCCAAAAUGCAAGAAGCCGGUAUGCAAGAUUUACUUGAUUGGUUGCGGUGGUGGAGCGAGGAAGAACGUGUAUACGAAGAACGCCGAUGGGUGUCUGUCCUGCAUAAACACCUGCGCGCGAUGACCACAUGGCGGGGCCACGAUUUCUUACACAAGUCGAAGACCACCAUUCAUUUCGCCAAUUCAAAGGAGGACAACUAUCUUGCAUUAAAAGAAAUCAAGAAAU